ACCGCUCGCUCGCUUGCGCGCGUCUCCUCCAGCUGUGGGAUCUCCAUUCACCACCGGCCGCUGUGUGAGGAGCGGACCGGACAUUUUUAUUUUAUAUCUUCUUCUUCCUCUCUGUGUGUGAGGAGCAGACCGCCCGCCGUUCUUCGCCGAGAUAGCGGCGGCCAUUACCGAACAGCAAAACAACCUUGUGUCUACGUCCUCCCCCCUUUCCGCGUCAAAAUGUCGGCGCAGGCCCAAAUGCGAGCCAUGCUCGACCAGCUCAUGGGGACCUCUAGGGACGGUUCAAUGUAUCUAUGCCUGCCUACUGCAAUCCGCAAGGGAGUAACAGAAAGGCCCCGCAUUCGCCGAGCCGUGACACAACUCGCCAACGGAUCAAGUUUAGUGAUGAUAGAGUGUGCAAAAGUCAUCUGCUCAACUGCUGUCCUCAUGAUAUUCUCUCUGGAACGAGAAUGGAUCUGGGGGAAUGUCUGAAAGUUCAUGACUUGGCUUUGAGAGCAGAUUAUGAGAUUGCCUCCAAAAAACAAGAUUUCUUCUAUGAGCUUGAUGCAAUGGACCACCUGCAAUCUUUUAUUUCGGAUUGCGACAGGCGAACAGAUAUUGCUAAGAAGAGACUUGCUGAUACUCAAGAAGAGAUCAGUGCAGAAGUUGCUGCCAAAGCAGAAAGAGUGCAUGAAUUAAACGAAGAGAUUGGAAAAUUAUUGGCUAAAGCAGAACAAUUGGGAGCAGAGGGAAACGUUGAAGAAUCUCAAAUUGUUAUGGAUGAAGUUGAAAAGACUAGAAUUCAAAAAAGAGAAGCUGAGGAAAUCUACCGCAAUUCUAUGCCGGCUUCAAGCUUUCAGCAGCAAAAGCUGCGAGUAUGUGAAGUUUGUUCGGCUUACCUGGGACUACAUGAUAAUGACAGAAGGUUGGCUGACCACUUUGGGGGCAAGUUGCAUUUGGGCUUCAUUGAAAUACGUGAGAAAUUAGAUGUAUUAAAGAGGCUUGUGGCAGAAAAAAAGGAGAGGAGGAAUCAAGACAGACUGAAACGUAGGGAGGAAAGGGACAGAGAGGAGCGAGACAAACUGAAAAAGAGGUCAAGAUCCAGAGAACGUCGCAAACGCCAAUCUCGUUCUUCUUCUCGAGAUCGGAAAAUAAAAACAAGGUCUAGAUCUCGUGAAACACAUCACAGACCCAAAUCUCACUCAGGUAGCCGUAGCCGCAGUCGCAGUCACCACAGGAGUCGAGAUAGGAGCAGGGACCGUAGUUCCAAAACAAAAUCUUCAAGAGACAAAGAGCGGUCAUCAAAAGAUAGAGUAUCCAGGGAUCACUCAAGAGACCGGGAACGUAAACAUAAGAGAAACAAUGAAAGCACCAAUGGAAAACCAGAGGGUCGUAGUUCGGAAGAGCUUGAAGCUGGAGAGAUUUAAAAAUAAAAUAAAGUUUUUCUAAAGCUGCAACCUGUGACAUAGUUUACAGAUGCUUGUAAGGGACAAAAUAACAGGGAUGGUUUCACUUUUUUUUGCUAGAAUAGCCAUAAAGUCAAACCCUACUUGGAUA